AGAGCAACACAAAAGUUGAUGCUGGAAUUAUAGAUAUAUGGGCAAUGUUGCUUAAUCAUAAUGAAAAGUUCAAAAGCCCUGAAGCUAAAAGCAGAAUGAUUUUCUCAACAAGACCAUGUCAUGUGCUAGAUCAAAAUCAUCUCACCGCUCCACAAACAAGAAACAAAAGGUUUGCGGCAGAAAUUGGCAAGGAAUUUCCCUGUGCAGAUGGAAAUAAGUUGAGGUCAACAGACCUAUUCAUAUUCCCAGAUGAAUACAAUGGGUGCUACUAUAUGAUGUGCUUUGACUUGAAGAGCAUGAAGUUCUACAUCAUUGAUAGUAGCGACGGAGAUAUAGCUCCUGCA